AUGCAAAAAAUAUUUAUUAUAUCAAAAAAAGACCGGGAAAUCCGGCAAAUAGACGCCGAAAUACGGAAGCUGAAAGAACGCAAGGAAGCUUUGAUAGAACGUAAAGAAAAAAUCCAAAACGACGUAGUCCGUCAGAAGAGUCUUGAGUUAUCAAAACGCGAUUGGAAUAACACCAACUUCCCUUGGUCCAAAAAGCUUCAGACCGUGCUGACGGACGUGUUAAAAAAAGAGAGCUUCCGAGAUCACCAGCUGGCGGUGAUAAACGCGAUCCUGUCUGGAGAAGACACUAUUUUAGUGAUGCCGACCGGCGGAGGUAAAAGCUUGUGCUACCAGUUACCAGCGAUAGCAACCAAAGGGCUUACACUGGUAGUUUCCCCAUUGAUAGCGUUGAUCGAAGACCAGAUCCACGGACUCCAAAAACUGAACAUCAAAGCCGGAAUGCUCACGUCGUCUAAAACCGAGCAAGUAAAGCUAGCCUGGGAUGCUCUGGACGGGAAGGACGACUCCGUAAAUUUAAUUUACAUUACUCCUGAGUUCAUGAAGAAGUCCAAAAGAUUCAUGUCUAAAUUACAGAAAGCCUUUAAUCAAAAGCGCGUUAAGUUAUUUGCAAUUGACGAAGUCCACUGUUGCAGUACCUGGGGCCACGAUUUCCGACCGGAUUAUCAAUUUUUAGGAUGUCUGAAGGCCAUGUUCCCCGGAGUUCCUAUCUUAGGGCUCACUGCAACAGCAACUACCAAGAUUCUUGACGACGUUCAAAAAAUGCUGGACAUCCAGAGCUGUUUGAUCCUCCGCGCGCCGUUCAAUCGUCCAAACUUGACCUACGAAGUUCGGAGGAAGCCCAACGACAAGGAGAAUUGCUUAUCAAUGCUGUCUAAUUUACUGAAGACCAGGUUUGCAGGAAAAUCUGGGAUUAUUUACACUACGACGAUAAAAGACGCUGAGACUCUGACCAAGAGCUUGCGCGACCAAGGUUUAAAAUUGGGCUGCUACCACGCGAUGCUGGAACCUGAAGUCCGUUCAAAGAUCUAUCACCGGUGGAUCACUGGCGAGUACCAGGCAGUCAUUGCUACGAUCGCCUUCGGCCUGGGAAUUGAUAAACCUGACGUGAGGUUCGUGAUUCACCAUUGCAUGUCCAAGUCUAUGGAGAACUACUACCAAGAAAGCGGUCGCGCUGGCCGCGACGGUAAAAAAGCUACUUGCAUUGUCCUCUACAGACUCGCUGAUGUCUUCAAGCUCAGCACGAUGGUCAUUGGCGACAAGGUCGGGCUCCAGAAUCUCUACAAGACUCUCGAGUACUGUCUAGACGCCAGUACGUGCCGCAGGAGCAUCAUUGCCACGCAUUUCAAUGAAACCUGGAGCAAGAAAGACUGCAAGGAGAUGUGUGAUCACUGCUUAAAGAACAAAAAGACUGAAACUACCGACAUUGCUAAGUAUUGCAAGGAGAUUUAUCAGAUUAUAGACAAAGCUAGGCUUGCUGAGAACAACCUGACUCUUUUAAAGCUAGUAGAUGCUUGGUAUAACAAGGGAGCUGCUAAUCUGAGAGUUUCUACGGUUCCUACUCCGAAGUUUUCAAGGGAAACUGCUGAAGCUAUCAUUGGGUUUCUCCUUAUCAAUGGCUAUCUCAAAGAAGACUUUGUUUUUAAUGCCUACGCUAAUUUAAGCUAUCUUAUCCGAGGUCCCAAUGCGAGCUUCAUUGAGGAUAAUGAUCAUAAAAUACUUUUUACUCACGAGGAAGGACUUAAGUUGUAG